AUGACUUCAUACGUCGUUGACCUCGCCGAAACUAGCGACGUCUCCGAGCCCUCUCAAUUCCCGCCCCUACUCGAGAUCGGAACCGAAAAGCGUUCUGGACGAACCCAUGUCGAGCGCGUCGAGAAGCAUGUGUACACCAGAUGCCCCACUCCUACAAGAUAA